GGUGGAAUAGAAUAUAGGGCAACGCCGCCUCUGCAGAGCGAGGCACUGAGACGUGGAGUUCAUCACCACUUAGAGGCGCGCUUGGUGUGAACUUGAGCUUGAUUCCUCCGCACCAGCCGGAGAUUCUGAUCCGGCUGAGUACCUGAAGCAGAAGAAGCCACCUUCCCACCCAAUCCACCAUGAGAGUCCUGCUCGCUUCGCUGCUUCUGUGUGUACUGGCCGUGGGCUGCAGAGCUUGGAAAAAACAGGAUUAUGACUCAUCUGACUGUGGCUGCUUGAAUAAUGGCGUGUGCAUGUCCUACAAGUACUUCUCCAAGUUUCAUCGCUGUUACUGCCCGGAAAAUUUCUCUGGGGAGCAUUGUGAGAUAGACAAUUCACAAAAAUGCUAUGACGGUAAUGGUCAUUCUUACCGAGGAACAGCCAGCCACGACAUCUGGGGCAACACUUGUUUGAAGUGGAGCUUAGCUGUCUUGAACUCUCAAGAGUACCAUGCCAACCGGCCAGAUGCAAUACAGCUGGGUUUGGGGAAGCACAAUUACUGCAGAAAUCCAGACAACCAGAAAAGGCCAUGGUGUUUUGUGCAGGUUGGCAGGAGACAGUACAUGCGGGAAUGCAAGGUGCCACAAUGUUCCACUGAACAAGAAGGAUUCCAAUGUGGCCAGAAAUCAAUGACCCCCCGCUUCAAGAUCGUCGGGGGAAACACAACGCCCAUCGAGAAGCAGCCUUGGUUUGCCGCCAUCUACAAGAAGCCUGUAGGGGGCACCACUUCCUUUGUUUGUGGGGGUGCCCUCAUCAGUUCCUGCUGGGUAGUCAGCGCUACCCACUGCUUUCUUGAAAAAAAUAAGGGGGCGACCUACUUUCUGUACCUGGGCCAGUCAAAGCGUAAGUCAGAGACCCGUGGAGAGAUUCGGUUUGAAAUUGAGGAGCUAAUUUUACAUAAGAAUUUUAGCACUGGAGCCCUCGCUUAUCACAAUGAUAUUGCCCUGUUAAAGAUCCGUUCCAGAACUGGGAAAUGUGCAGAGCCCUCCAGAAUUGUGCAGACCAUAUGCCUUCCCCCAGCAUAUGAAGACAUUCCCUUUGGCAGCGACUGUGAGGUCACUGGCUUCGGGUUGGAAGAUUACAAUGACUACCUCCAUCCAGAGUACCUCAAAAUGGCGGCUGUGAAGCCAAUUUCAUACAGGGAAUGUCGACAACCUCACUACUAUGGCUCUGAAGUCACCCCCCAUAUGGUGUGUGCUGCCCAUCCUGAAUGGAUGGCAGAUGCCUGCCGGGGAGACUCAGGUGGGCCUCUGGUCUGCCCCAUUGAUGGCCGUAUGGCUCUGGUUGGUAUCGUGAGCUGGGGCCUUGGCUGUGCCGCAAAGGACAAGCCUGGUGUUUACACUCGUGUCUCUCACUUCCUACCCUGGAUCCAGACCCACACAGGCCUUCCUGUUCCCAACUGAGGAGGCCUAGGAAGUCUAGGAAGGAGAAAAACAUGCUGUUCCCUCUUGCCCUGAUGUCACCAUUUCUGCCAUGGAGCCAUCUCUGCCAGGCCUAAGGACCCUAGAAGGCAUCUCUGGAGAUGUUCUCUAUAUGUGGGCUUCCUUCCAGGGAAUAUGAAAACAGAUUUAACCUUCAUCUUGGGGCAUAGGCACUGGCUAUCUUGGACCGCUUCGCCAGAUGGAAGGGGAUGGGGGGUGGUCACUAGGGUCAGAGGCAGGUGUUUUGGAGUUUUGGCAGAGAUUUUAGGCUCAUGAGAACUUCUGGUUACUUACAAACAGUGAAUCCCAAACUGUAUCUGGAGAGGAAGAAGUCAACUCCCCAGAGCAAUCUACCUUUAUCAUGGCGCUGAUGUCCAGAUGUUUGCAAAAUGCAAUUGUGACUUGAACUCUGAGCUCAGGGCCCCUGGAGUUCAUGGGACUAUGGCCAGUGUGGAAAUAGAUAUCAAGGGGUGGGGACCCCAGUGAGGUAAUGGGAGGUCUCCAUGUAUCCCCAGUGGACUGGUCAGGAGGUAGAAUAUUUGUGUCCCUAUGCACAUGGCUUUGAGUGUGACCAUCUGUGUGAGCAUUAGAGUGUUCUUUCCUCUUGGGAUGUGGGUGUGCACUUGGGUGCUUCCCCUGGCUGUGUAGACAGCAGUGCUUCCCAGAUAGUCCUGGUCUUACCCCUGUUUGCCUGAGGUGCCCUCCUCAAUCCUGUUAUGAGUGGGGACGGGACAACUGUGACCGACACUGAAUGUCUACGUUUCUCCCAGAUCCUUAUUCCUCUUUAUAAUUACCGUCCCUGCUUAUUGAAACCUUACUAUGUGACAUGAGGGCCGGCCCCUUGGACUGGAUAUUUAAUAAUUAUUUUUGUUAUUUAUUUUUAUUUUUGUAGUAUCACAUGAGCACCAUCAAUAAAAACAUUUCUUUGACUAAUAUGGAAAUGUUUUAUAUAAUUGCACGUGUAUAACCUAUA